GCAUCAGAUAAAAUAAAAAUACAAUGUGUAUUUAAUAUAUAUAUAUAUUGAUAAUGGACGGCGGUAGUACACCACCACACACGUUAUGUGGAGUUAAAAAUUGGCCUAAUAACACUUUUGAUAACAUAAUAUCCGGAGGAGUCGACUUGGCACUAUCCGUAAACUGCACCAUCGAACCGGAUACCACCGGUUUAGAGCCACGAAAUGAAAAAAUGUACUGUGAACCUAUUGAAUCGGCACCACUUGCUAUCGUAUCUGGAUUAGUCGCAACUGCGACCAUUGUCGGGAAUUUAUUGGUCAUUUUAGCGAUUUUACGUGGAUCGUCUCGAUUUCAUCGACCAAUGUUUUGGUUAAUAAUACAUCUGAGCUGUGCUGACCUAAUUGUUGGAUUUAUGCUGUUAUGGAAUUAUUGUCUCGCGUCGUUAAUGGAUAUACAUAACACAAUAACAAGUUUAAUGUUCAUAUUUUCCUUAUGGGUGGCGUCAGAAUCUUCAUCUACAUUGGGAUUUGUAUUACUUGCUGUGGACAGAUAUAUCCAAAUUUUUCACAAAAAUUUUCAUCGUGCAUACGCAACACGAGUCACUGUUGGUAUAGCUAUAUUUUUAGCUUGGGCAAUUCCUGUUUCGUUCUUUAUGAUUGCGCCCUUUGCUUUUGACUGGUCGUGCAAAGAUACGUGCAUCUGUUCAGAAGAAAAAUACAUGAAAUGUCUCCCAAGAUCUGAUUGUUCUCAAAUCAUCCCUCCUUUUAAGAAAACUUACACCCUUACUGUUGGAAUUUUUCUUUUCAUUUGCAUUCCCCUACCAGUCACGAUAUAUACUAUGAUAUUCAUAAGAUUUCGCCGGAAAACUCACGUCGUAAAACACACUCGAAAACGACAUGAUAUGAGACUCAUUCGUACCUUGAUUGUUAUAUUAGCGGUGUUCAUCGUCACCCUAAGCCCCGUGGCCAUUUUGAUAAUGGUAGAUUACACCACAACGAGGCAGAAUGAUACAAUGAUAUCCGUUGCGUUUUAUAUUUUCGUUUUGGCGUUUUUAAACUCAUUUGCUAAUCCACUGCUGUACAUGUGGAGAAUGUCAGCAAUACGAAGAUCAAUACGACAAAGGGUUUUUUAUUGUUUUUGGGAUAAACACGGAAAACAACGUCGGGACAUAACUUCAUUUCAAAGUGAUCAACGCUCACCAACGAGUCAUCGUCAUCGCUACGAUACCCCAAACGACAUCGACGACAAAAAUCACAAAUACGUUCCACCCAAUAACAACAUGCCACGAGCGGCGGUUUUGUGUCUCCGACAAAUUAAACGUGGCCGAUAUACCAACAGCCGGACAUCGACUCCUAUGUCAGAAAGAGCGAAUAAUCAUAACGAGGAAGCUGUCAAAUUAGCUCCAAAUGAGCCCAACCAUUUAAAAUCGAACGGGACAUCUCAAGAAGGUGAUGUAAUAAUGCAUAAUUCAUGCAACAAUAAAGCUGAUUGUGAGAUUACAGAGCUUUAGGUCAUGGCUCCUGUAAAACAUAUUGUGACGUCAUACCAGCUCAAGAUUUUUUUUCGACUUACUGCAGGGGAAGUUGGAUGCGAAGGGAAUAGCGGAUAUAUCCAACAAUUCGCUAAAUCGGGAGAUUGCCCUAUUUUAAAGGAUUUUAUGAGUUUGAAAUGAGAUGUACCCUCAAAACAGGGACAUACGAGAGAGCCAGACUCACAGCAACGUACCGACAAGUGAACACGAACCAAAAGCCGGAGGUAUGACCUUCGUGUCGGUCAUUUAAGAAAAAAUUUCAACUCAAUUGUAUGAAAAAAAAAUUUUCUCCUUUUGUCUGACACUGUGUAGAUAUACUGUCCUUAUGUUUCGUCCUUUUACAAUGCGAUUUUUCCCACCAAAAACUAUUCGAAUUUUUUAUUUGUGAAUUUGUUUUUGUAUGAUCUGAUAAAAUUAAUUCUUCAUAACUUGUUUCAUUGAGCUCCUUGCCACCCGAAUUUGCGUCCGCCAAAGCUUUGCAAAGAUAGUUUUUGGAACUGUGGCCCUACUAAAUGUAGGGGGAGUAUUUACAUAUACCGAUAAGACGGCUUUAUCCUAUAGCGAACCACGGGCUCUCGCAAGAGUAUUCCCCACCACCGAUCCGCGCCGUAGCAUGUAUGGUCUAAAAAAUUAUGGUUGGCCAGUACGAUAUGUAAUCCCACCCUAUUUACGAAUCGUGUAAUCAUUCUUGUAUGAUUGGUCGUCAAAUUCUGAUGACAAAAGUGAUUUUUAACCUAAAAAUAAAAAUAAAACCUUUCAAUGAAACAAUAUUCACUAAAUGUUUUGGAACUGUUUUAGAGUAUAAAUUUGAAUGCAUUUUUGAAUUUUCUUGACCUUUGCUACCAAACGUAAAUUUCUGCUCUGUGUGGAUUUAAUGUAUUUAUUAUAAAACCUUCCAUCAAAUUACUUUGGGAAAAUUCAAGUGGGAAUUGAUAUCUGAAUAAUGUUAAUUGGGAUCGAAAAUUUUAAACAAAAUGUCAGCCGAUACGCAAUGUGAAAAGUUCGGACUUUUCUAAAUAAUCAUGUAACUAAUAACCGAAUAGUAGCGUCGGAUAGAAGUUCAAGUCGACCGAGAAUUAGUUGAU